AUGAUUCUCCGACGUUUAUUUCGAAGUGUCGUAGUCGUUCGAAGAAGAAUUGUGGUUUUGGGAAUUGAAACUAGCUGUGACGAUACGGCAGUUGCAUUUGUGCAAGAUGAUCGAAAAGUACUGUCUUCAAGAAGAUUUGCGGACAGAGAGACACAGCGGAGGCUGGGUGGGAUUUCGCCGUGUGAAGUAGCAUUGCAGCACAAGGAACAUCUUCCUCGACUAUUAGACGAAUGUGUUAAAGAAGCUGGUCUUGGUGUGGCUGAUGUAGAUGCCGUAGCCGUCACUACUAAGCCCGGACUUGUUAUAGCUCUAAAAGAAGGGAUCCGUAAAGGUCUUGAACUCUCAAGGGUGUACAAGAAGGAUUUUAUCUCUGUUCAUCACAUGCGAGCACACGCAUUGUCUGCUUUUCUUGUGUGCAAUGUUCUAUCUUUUCCAUUUCUCUCUGUGCUGAUCUCUGGUGGUCAUGCACUCAUCGUUCUCGUCCGUUCGGCAAACGAUUUUACUCUAUUAGGUGAGAGCACCUCGGGUAGUCCAGGGGAGUGCCUGGACAAGAUAGCUAGGGAGCUACGAAUAAACGAAAUGCAAGAAUUUCUAGAUAUACAUCCAGGAGCUGCUGUAGAGCGGUUGGCGAGUAGAUCUUCUAAUGGUCAUUUGCGGUAUUCCGUGACCGGUCCGCAUACAUCCGGAGCGGACAUGAACUUUUCACAAUUAAAGUCUUCAUACUUAAACCUUGCCAGAAGACAUGCGGGGGACGAAGAUUUUAGCGUGGAAGACUUCUGCGCAAGUGUCCAGCAUCACUUGACUCGACACUUGGUUUCGAAGGUGCAUAACUGUCUGGAGUUUUUGCUUUCCUCAAAUCGUUUCUCCGAGAUAAAACAUAUUGUUAUAAGCGGCGGAGUCGCAGCAAAUGCGUACAUAUGCAAUGGUAUUUCAAAACUUGCUAACUUUCAUGGCAUAGAAGUAGUUCGACUUCCUUCCCGUCUAUGCACAGAUAAUGCUGAGAUGGUUGCCUGGAACGGCAUACUCUGUCUUAGAGAAAACUCCCCGGAUGUCCAUCGUUAUCCCGAAAUACCAGAAUCCGUUUAUGCACAUGCCCGAUUUCAUAUCGGCAGUUGUUCGCGCGCACUGGUACCAUCGAAACCCAGAAGAAAGCUCGGAAUAACGACAGUGCAUGGGGAUUUGCCGUUGAAGGUGUUCGAUAAGGAUCAACUAAGGCGAGAACACGAAUCAGCAUCUGCUGUUCGUUGA